AUGGACUCCCCUGUCCUCACCCAGCUUUUCCGCCAACUUUUUCGGCACCCAGCCUGUCAACCUAUCCGCCGAUCACCCACAUUACCUCGUGCGCAAAUUCGAUCAUUUCUUACGCGACGGACGCCCACCAAGCGCAAAGCACAAGAUGAUGGCAUGCUCUGGACAAAACGGGGAGACAUCUCGAAGAACAUUGAUGAAGAAUACCUCUCAUAUCCAACAGUGACUGCGCGGGAACUGCGCAGUCGGCGUGAACGGCCUCGGCAGGUGAAAAUGUUAACCCGCGAGUUCAUUGAUGAUAGUUUGUACAACCCCCAUUACGGCUACUUCUCGAAGCACGCAACUAUUUUCACUCCCGGCGAGCCCUUCGACUUUAGUAGUAUUGAGGACGGGCCGGCUUUCCACCGCAUGUUAGGCGAACGAUAUGUUGAAUUCGAAGACCGGCUCGACGAAAUAAAACCCGACAUUGCCCGUCAGCUUUGGCAUACACCGACGGAAUUAUUCAAGCCGUACUAUGGAGAGACUAUUGCGCGAUACCUUGUUUCGAACUACAAGCUCACCCUAUACCCCUACCAUGACCUGAUUAUCUACGAGAUGGGCGCUGGUAAUGGUACAAUGAUGUUGAACAUCUUGGAUUUCAUCCGUGAUACCGACUACGAGGUCUACCAGCGCACCAAGUUCAAAAUCAUUGAGAUCUCGCCCGCUCUAGCAGAUCUGCAGUACAAAAAUCUCACAGACGCUCUCAACUCCCGAGGCCACCGGGACCGCGUCGAGAUUAUCAACCGAUCAAUCUUUGAUUGGGACACAUACGUUCAUUCUCCAUGCUUCUUCCUUGGUCUUGAGGUCUUCGACAACUUUGGUCAUGACACUAUUCGUUAUGAUAGCCAAACCGAGAUGCCCCAGCAAGGUGGUGUUCUAAUCGAUGGCACUGGUGAAUUCCACGAGUUCUACAAUAACCAACUGGAUCCCGUUGCUGCUCGAUUCUUGCGUGUACGCCAGGCCGCUGCCCGUCGUCCCUUCCCCAGUCCCUUAGGCCCUCGAUUCCUACGUGGUGUAUGCCCUCCACCACCUUUCCGCAAGGCACAUUCUCUACCUGAAUAUAUCCCGACGCGACUUAUGCAAUUUUUCGAUGUCCUAAACCAGUACUUCCCCGCGCAUCGUCUUGUGGCGAGUGAUUUCUCCUCGUUGCCCGAUGCGGUACCUGGCUUGAAUGCACCAGUCGUGCAGACACGGUACCAAAGGCAAACGGUACCGGUGUCUACACCCUUUGUUCACCAAGGCUACUUUGAUAUCUUCUUUCCCACUGACUUCAAUGUCAUUGAAGACGUUUAUCGUGCCGUGACAGGGAAAUUGACCCAGGUCAUGAGCCAUGAGGAUUUUGUCAACCGCUGGGCUUAUAUCGAAGAUACGGAGACAAGGAAUGGCGAGAACCCGCUGUUGACCUGGUACAAGAAUGCCAGCAUGUUGAUGACGGUGUAG